AUGAUCUUCUAUAUUUCAAUCCUAAUUUUUGCAACAAGUUUAUUUUUGGUAUGUUCGAAAAAGAAAAAAGAAGAAGUUGCGAUCAUACCGUGUCCAAUAAGUGCAUACACAACUUUGGAAGAUUCUGAAAAACCAGCUAAAACUCAGAAUUCGGAGAGGGCUAUUAAACAGAAGAAACCUGGAAAGAAUAAAAAAGAAAAAGUGGAAGAGGAUGAGAAAAAUAAGACAAAAAGAGAAAAUGAAGAAAAGGAAAAGACAGAAAGAAAAAUAGAAGAGGAGAAGGGAAAGAAAACAGAAAGAGAAGAGAAAAAAGAAACUGAAAAAGAAAAGGAAAAAGAAAAAGAAGUUGAACCAACGAAAAAAGAUGAGGAGGAUGAAAUAAAGAAAGCUAAAUCAGUUGUAGAAAAUUUGAAAAAAGAAAUUAAAUUCGAGGAAAAACUGAAACCUGACGAAAAAGUAGAAGAACGAGCAUUCAAAACUCAAGAAACACAACAAAUUGACAAAGAAGAUGUUGUGGAAAAACCAAAGAAUUAUAUCACAGUUGAUAAGGAAAGUCUUGAAUUCAAAUUGGCUGCAUUGGAACAGAACGCAAUUAUUGUGACCAAUAAUUUCAACAAGAAAAUCAUGUUCAAAAUUAAAUCAUCGGAUAACAAAACUUAUUCGUGAGUUUUUAGAAACAAUUUUUAAAAACAACCCGAAAAACUUUUUGUUUUCAGAGUAAAUCCGGUGUUUGGAACAAUUGAUCCAGGAAAAACAUGCGAAAUUGUUGUGACGCAUUGUGCAAGUCAAACGAAAGAGGCUAAACUUGUGAUUGUUAAUGCAGAGGUAAUAUAUUUUUCAGAUUAUAAAGUUUUAAUCUUUUAAAAAAUGAUAAUUUUCAGUUUAUUGGAGACGGGAAAGAUCUACGGGCUGCAUUUCAAUCAACCAAAGUCGUUGGAUUACAGUAUAUUCUUAAACUUCUUGCAAAAUGA